AUUCGUAUUGGCCAUAGAUUCUCCGCAAUGCUCCCCAUAAAGGUCCGCGUCCCCGAACGAGGCCCCGACCUCGAGAGCUCUCAGGAUUCGGUGCAAUGCAGCGUCUCCAAGUGCGGCGCGAUGGUGAACUCGGAGCAAGACGGGAUGCCACCAAAGCGUGCGGGGGCCGGGAUCGGGAGGCGAUGGACGAAGCGAAUGCUUUUUCUGUUGGCUCUCUCGCUUUGAAGUUCUCUGUGGAAUAGGACGAGAACUACUUCCACAACUUUCGUUGCCCGUCGGGGGCGUUCGGGCUUAUUAUGCUCUCGGAUUGCAGAGCGAGGGGCAAAGGUGACGGAACUCACUUCGUGGAUCGGGUCUCGAGCUUGGAAUGAACACUGCUGCACGUGACGCGUUCUGAAGCUCGAUCGGGUGCAGAUUAUGCGCCGGGGGAGUCCGAUGAAAAUUACCAUGAGUUGCAGAAAGAGCGACGGCCCUCGAGUGAUUUAGAUAGAGAGGAGAUUUGGUGUCAGGAGCCGUGGGUUGUAGCAUCAGCUUUGCAUGGAGAAUCUUAUGAGUGAGCCUAAGUAGGGAAUUUCAAUCAAAAGCAAAGCCGUCAUGAGAGACGUGAAUCCCAUCGGGCCGAGUGAGGAGCACGUCACUUAAUUAUCGUGGACUUGAUCCAUCCAGAGGGCGGGCUGCAUGAGAAGGUGAGACGCCAAUGAUCGAUUUCACGAGAGAAUCAAGUGAAAGCUCCAGUACGAUGUACGAAGAAUGCUGUGAAUUGACUUGCAAUCCCUGGGACCUAAGAUUCACUCAGGACCUGAUCAGUGCUAGAUUCAGACCUCCGUAUGGCAACUUCACCGUCUACGAUGGCGUACGACAGAUUUUGGAUGGUGGGAUGAGUCCCAGCGACUUUCCGAGGAUCAGAGUCAUGAGGCAUGAGGGCCAACUCUGGUGCCUUGAUAACAGAAGGUUGUAUGUCUUCAGACUCAGUAAAGUCCCGACCAUAAAAGUGUCUGUCGUUGCCACUCGUUGUAGUUUGACCCGAUCUCUGUCAGCGUUUCCUCCCAAUGUCCUUGUGGAGAUGUCGACCGCCGAGUUUUUCCCAUUAGUGAUCUGGGCACACAAGGUUCAAAGUACUCUGGCCUCUUUUACACGAAUGAUGAGGAUAUGGAUUCCUGGUUACCACGUUGACUCGUCUCUUUUGAGCAGCAAACGUCUUGGCGAAUGUGUCUUGUAACCCGUCUCUCUAUAUACUUGCGACACCUCGUCAGAUUCUCAGUACUCCUCCUUCACAGGCUUUGCUUCCGAGUACAUACCUGAUGCAGGUACGUAGACGUCUCGUGAUUCCUGCACACCUUCUGGUAGACUAGGUUAGUUGUGUGGGUCCUGGCCAUCAAAGACGCGGUUGGAUAUUCAGACCAAGUCGCGUAAACAGAAUAGCGAGAAUCCCAAACCCAUAAGCACCGAAACAUAAUUUCUGGGAAUUCAGAAGAAUUGACCUUGUUCUCAUCAGGGCAUGUCAAUAAAUAUGUUCUCAGAG